GCGCGCUAACCGCUACACUACCGCUCCCCACUUGCACACACGCACACACAUACACACACACGCCAGUGCACUACACACGACUGCAUGUGCAGGGCUGGAUCAUGGUGAGCUCUGGCCACUUACACCGGCCCCGUGUUGCUGCUGUAGAUGCUGCAGCACUGCCCGCGAUCAGCCCGGUCAGCUGGCCACUGCUGCGAUGCUGGGGAUGCAGAAAUCAUUGCUCCGAGGUGCAUUGCUCCGUGGCCCCUGGCACUGCCCCCCACCGCCCCACCCCCUCCACGAUCCGGACUGUGCUGCGCCUGGCUGUGAGAGCCCUUCGCGUCCUCGCUGCUCACGGCAGCUGCUGAAGUCCGCGAUGGAUCGGUGCUGCGUGCAGCGUGGCGAGAAAGCCGAACGCAGCCAAGCGUCCGUUUCUGAUGAGGCUCGCGAGUGGCGCCGCGUGUUAACAGCAGACAUGGCCACGGAGGACGUUCCGAGGGCGGCGGAGCCAGGAGUCGGAGUGAACAACUGCCCAGGAGUGGCGCGGAGACCGCCAAGGGACAGCGCGCAGGAGACUGCCCGAGCCUCGCUCAUCUUGGCGUCCGUCAAGGAGCAGGAGCUGCAGUUCGAGCGCCUGACCCGGGAGCUGGAGGCGGAGCACCACAGCGUGGCCACGCAGCUCGAGCGCUGCCGCCUCGGGUCGGAGGCCGGCAGCGCGAGCAGCGUCAGCUCUGCUGAGGAUCCUUUCCACUGGCGACCUUCAGCAGCAGCCGCUGCGGCUGGGUUCCCCGUGGUAAGCUCCCCCGGGGGAGACGAGGACGACUCGGAGCCCCCGGCACCGCCCCCUCGGCGCGACCCGCAGUCCCUGGGCGCCCUGGGGGCAUUUCACCACAACAGCGGCAGUAGCAGCAGCCCUGGGGGCGCCGAGGAGGGAGCCGCGUGGGUUUCGGGGGGCGGCGCCGAGCGGCGGGGGAGCCCCGAGUCGCAGGAGGCGGGGACUGCGGACGCCGGGGACGUCCCAGCUCUGCCUUCCUCCGCCUCGAGUCCCGGGAGCGGCUGGAGAUUGAGCCAGGCCACUGCGUCUCCCGACGCCGUGCUCCCCGCCGGCUUCUCCGAGUUCCCGAGCAGCGCCGCGGAUGCCGCGUCGCCUCCGCUCUUCACCUUCUCGUCGUCGUUUGGCAGCGCCUUCCACUGCCCUCCGUCCCGUCGGGAAUCCGUGGCCGUCCCCGCAGCGCAGAGCGGCUCCCCCCUCCAGGCGCUCUCUCCGCAGGACGGCUCCCAGUCGCUCCAGUAUCCGGCGCCGCCGACUCAGGCCCCCGCGCUCCAGCACCCCGAGUCCGGGAGCUCCGCGGCUCAGCGCUCGGCGUCGGAAGGCGGCAGCGGCGCCGGCAGCUCGGAGGAGGAAGUUUGCGCGGCGGAGGCAGUGGCUCGGGGCAAGGAGGCCUCGGACAGGGAGGAGGCGGCCCCGCCUCUCGCUCCCCACGGCUCGGCCUUCGGCAAAGGGGCGAGCGGCGGUGCGGCGCUGUCCAGGGUCCUGAGCGGCCCCGCCUCGGACUCGGGUCCCUGCGCGCAGCAGUCGGCGACUCCCGCGGCGGCGCCUCUGCCCGCGGUGAUACCUCUCGCCCGUCCGGGGAAGCGGCCGCCUCCGAUCCCGCCUCCCCGCUCCACGCCGCCCACAGCCAAGGCGACCGCUCCCGCUCAGCCCCCGAGCCAGGCGCCACCCCCGCCGUCCGCGCCGGUGGCGCCCGUCCCGGCCACGCGGCACGCCCUGCUCGCUCAGCGCGCCGCCGGGGGCGGGAGCGCCGAGGGGGAGGCCCUGGUGCCCGCGGGCGGCAGAGACGAGGAGCCGGGCCCGGGGGUUCCUGCUCAACGCGGGUUCCGCGCGGAGCACGACGAGGACGCGUUCAGGAGCGAGGCUCCCCUCCCGAUGCAGCAGAAACAGCAGCAGCAGCAGCAGCAGCUGUGUGAGCACGUGGGCCCUGCCAGCGCCACCCACUACGGCCAGCAGCAGGAUGCCCAGGAGCAGUAUCGAGGAAGCGAGGCCUACACCCAGCCGCACGGAGAGAUGUACUCGGAGACGCCGGGGCUGGGAUACAGCCCGCAGGGCUCGGAGAUGUUCGGGGACGAGGCCGGAGAGAGCUACCCAGAUCCGGGCGCACAGCGCUACGGCCAGGAGCGCAGCCACGCGUUCGGUCAGGAGAGGUUCUCCCACGAGGAGGCCGUGGGGGACAGCAGCCCGUACCGCGCGCCUCUCCCCGAGCAGUACACGUGGACGCUGGGGCGCAGGCGCAGGACGACCCAGGGGGCGGACGCCUACGGCAGCCACAGGGCCGGCACCGAGGCCGGCGGGGGCCCGCACGCGCAGGGGGCCCCCGCGCUCUACACGCUAACCAUGGGCCGGAAGUUCACCCGGCAGGCCGCGCUGGGAGGAGAGGCCGCGUUCGGGCACCUCGGCUCAUCCGCCGACAGCUACAUGGACGCGGGGGCCGGUGGAGACCCACGGGGGCAGGGGGCAGGGGACGCGGCGGCCAGGAGGAUGGGACACGACCUUUACGCGCACGCCGCGGACGGCGCGUACAGCCUGUACGAGCGGCGCGAAAUGCAGUUCCCGGGGCAGCUCUCGGGCUCCCGCGUGUCGUACUCGAGCCAGCUGAGCCAGGGCGGCGGAGCCGAGCCCCCCGCCUUCCUGAACCCCGCCGAGAGCCAGGGCAGCGUGGGACACACCACCCCAGGGUCGCAGUCGCCACCUCCGCUCCCCGCGCACGGGAGCUCCGCGUUUUACAGCAGUACAAUGCCUUUCAAGCGCAGCGGCAGCGGCAGCCAGCGCAGCGCCCGCAGCUACCUCACCUACCAGCGGGGCAGCUUCAGCUCUGCGGCGGGGGGGGCCACCUACACGUCGGAGGAGUACCGCCACUCGCCCAGCCACCACCUGUACGCGGACAUCGACGCGAGCCAGAAGUCGCCCAGCCGCCAGGCGUACGUCGACCCGGAGCCGUACCGGCAGUCGCCCGUGCACCAGAUCUACGCGGACCCGGACUCGUACCGGCAGUCGCCCUCCUACAACGCGGACCCCUUCCCCGACGCCUACGCGCUGCAGGCGUCGCCCGCGCUCAACCCAGAGCCCGCGGCCGCCUCGGCCGGGUACCCGGACGCGUACCGAUACUCGCCGGGGCCGCUCUCUCGGGGGGAGGUCUCCGCGUACCCGCAGGCGCCCACUCAAAGCCUGGCGCCCACUCGGCAGCCGUCCCUGGAUAGCAUCCACAAGGACCCCAGGGAGUUCGCGUGGCGGGACCCGGACCUCCCCGAGGUCAUUCAGAUGCUACAGCACGAGUUUCCCUCCGUGCAGGCGAACGCCGCCGCGUAUCUGCAGCACGUGUGCUUUGGGGAUGACUUAGUCAAGGCCCAGGUGCGUCGCCUGGGCGGGGUGCCGCUGCUCGUGGAGCUGCUGGAUCACCGCGUGGCCGAGGUUCAUCGUGGGGCCUGCGGGGCCCUGCGCAACCUCGUGUACGGCCGCGCCAACGACGACAACAAAGUGGCGGCGCGCAGCUGCAUGGGCAUCCCGGCCCUGGUGCGGCUCCUGCGCAAGUCUGCCGAUCCCGAGACGCGAGAGCUCGUCACGGGGGUGCUGUGGAACCUGUCCUCGUGCGACUCGCUCAAGAUGCCCAUCAUCCAGGACGCGCUGGCGGCGCUCACACACCUCGUGCUGAUGCCACAGCUACCCGGAUCGGGCCCCGUGCUGCAUGACCUGACGGACGCGGGCCCUGCGGGACACACGCUCACCAACACCACGGGCUGCCUCCGGAACGUGAGCUCGGCGGGCGAGGACGCGCGCAAGCGCAUGCGGGAGUGCGAGGGGCUGGUGGAGGCACUGCUCGGCAUUAUCCGCUCUGCGCUCGGCACCAGCGGCGUUAACAGCAAGGUGGUGGAGAACGCGGUGUGCGUGCUGCGCAACCUCUCCUACCGCCUGGAGGCCGAGACGCGGCAGGGCCGCCAGACGCGCGGCGAGGACGAGCGCGGCUCCUCCACGCCGGGUGGACGCGGCGCCGCCUCCAAGGACGAGUCCAGCUGCUGGGGCCGGCGGCGCAGGAAAAAAAGUUCGGUUGCGCAGUGGGACGGCGCGGGGCCCAUGCCGGACUCGGGGGAGCAGCCCCGUGGCGCCGAGCUUCUCUGGCACCCGAACGUGGCCAAGCCGUACCUGGCGCUGCUCGCCGAGUGCUCCAACCCCGACACCCUCGAGGGAUCGGCCGGCGCGCUGCAAAACCUGGCGGCCGGAUCCUGGAAGUGGGCUGCGUACGUGCGCGCCGCCGUGCGCAAGGAGAAGGGGCUGCCCAUCCUGGUGGAGCUGCUGCGCGUGCAGAGCGAGCGCGUCGUCUGCGCCGUCGCCACCGCCCUGCGCAACAUGGCCCUGGACGCGCGUAACAAGGAGCUCAUCGGUAAGUACGCGCUGCGGGACCUGGUGCAGCGUCUGCCGAACGCCCCGGGCCCCGUGCCGGCGGGAGAGGGAGUCGGGGCCCCCAUCGCGUCGGACCCGAGUGUGGCGGCCGUGUGCUGCGCGCUGCACGAGGUGAUCAGCAAGAAUUUGGAGAACGCCAAGGCACUGUGCGACGCGGGCGGCAUCGGUCGACUGGUGGGCAUCACGCGUGGCAAGGCUGGCAGGCACUCCCCGAAGGUGGUGCGUGCAGCAGCCCAGGUGCUCAACACGCUGUGGCAGUACCGUGAGCUCCGGGGCCUCUACAAGAAGGACGGCUGGGUACAGGGCGACUUCACUCCUCCGACAUCCACCUCGGACUGGGAAAAGCACAAGUCGUCCUGCGAGACCCUCUCCUCGUCCCCGGCCAACCGUCGGCACUCCCCUCUCAGCCAAUCAGUGGGCAGCGUGGGGUCUCCGCGAGAGGUGUUCCGAGCCACGGAUGAACGCAGGCCGCAAGCCGAGGGCGAGAAGCGGCGCAGCGUCUCCACGUCGCGCUGCCCACCCCCGGGCCGCCCCGAGCAGCCGGCCCCGCAGGAGGAGCCACGCGGAGGGCGCAGCCAGUCCGCGUCCCGCAUCCAGACCGUGGGCCCCUACCGUGCGUACUCCAUCCCCGCGCCCGAGGAGGCUCCCCGGCACACGCAGUCGGCACCGGGAGAGCCGGCGGACCGAGAUCGCACGACCCUGCGUGGCCCAGGAGGCUCCCCGCAGCGCUACCACGUGACCCUGGGCGCCGCCACCGCGGCCCCCAACCCGGGCGCGGGCAGGGUGCUGCGACCCGCCACCGCCCCCGAUCACACCGCCCGGCGCGACCUCAAGGCCAACGACAAUUACGUAGACUUCUACUCGGCGGCUCGGCCGCCCUACAGCGUCUCCUCGUACGAGACGAGCCAGCUGCACAACUCGCCCGACUCGUGGGUGUGAGCGAGGAGGCCACCGCGCCGCCACAAGUGCCGCACCACCGCCCCCGCCACGCAGAUCCCUGGCCGAGUGGGCCAUCCUGCCCUACCUCGACCCCUCCUCCCAGCGACUCUCGCGAGCGCAAACUCUCCUCCCGGAGGCUGGAGCUAUAUUUUGACGACGGCGACGGCCACGAAAGGGGUGGCCCGUGCCCGCGGCGUGGCCCCGUCGACGGCGCGACCCACGCUCCUCGGCCACCGUGCCCUGCCACGGGUGAAAUCGUGGCCGCCGGUCUCAUCGCUGUCCAAGACACGGCCCAAGUCGUUGUGCACAUUUAUUUUCCAUGCCGUGUUUAUGCAAAUCACGCGCUCCCCCGCAUGCCCCCCACGAGUCUACACGCGCCGCCGUCUGCAUGUGCACUUGUCAACACGGACCACCGCCGCCGCUGCUGUUUUCAUGUUACUUGAACUGCUGAAGCCAAACACGCGCCUGUAGCCGCCACGUGGCUCCCCCGUCUCUCGCCACGACGCGCCAAAGCCGCCCGCCUCAUCUGCAUCGUGAAUGGACGCACGUUGGUUCAUGUCAGUUCGGAAGGGAAAGGCAGAAGAAGCCAAUGCCCAUCAACCCUCCGUCACUCAAGCUGGUGUACCCGUGUAUCCGUCAUAAAGGGCAGAUUUGUCGGGAGUUUAAUCCGUCAGAUGUCCAAUUGACACGCAGCUCGAAGGUGACAAUGCUGACACACGUGCGGCGCACUGUUUCAACUCGAGUUUCGCUCAAUACUGGCAUUCGAUACAGGUGGUGAUGUCACAUCGAUAAACACGGGCACAAGCUAUGAUCUUUCUACCGACACUGCACCACCCUCUCACUCUCCUCGCAUCACUCACCCCUCUCCCCCUGAACUUCCUUCCACCCUCCCGCUCUCUCUCUCCCUGCUUCUAUCUAACCUCUCUCUCUCGCUCUCUCUCUUUCUCGCUCUC